AAGGCAUUCACAGGUUAAUCACGCCGUGCCCUGAGGAGUAGAGUACAGCUUUCUUCUUAACACACUCUCUCUCUACACUUCUUCUUCUUCUCUCUCUCUUGAGCUUCUUUACACAAAAACUACAACAGAGUCAAAUUUUCUUGAAAACUGCUCCUUAACUUUCUCUGUGGGUUCAACGAUCAUCUCUGCAAUGGCUGCGACUACUGGUGAAGGGGUCCAAGACGUGUGUACUAUAUCAGUUUUGCCUGAUGAUGUAAACACAAUCCCACAGUGUACCUCCCAGUUUACUCUCUUGAGCUUUGUCAAGGCUCUGCUUCCUUCUAAAAACCACAUGUUAUUCAUCGAUGAUGCCCAACUCAGCUCUCAGAAAACUCAGAACCGCAUCAAUGUGCUACUUGGAGGCACAGAUUCCUACCAAUCAUGUGUUGUGGACAUAAACGUCGACAAAGAAGUUGUUGCAAGUCUCAAAUCCGAGAGUGUACAUAUGCAAAAGGUACUGCAGAGACAAGCAAGCUUGAGCACUGAUAAAGCUAUCUCUGAGAGAUGCCAUGAUGCACCAACAAACAGGUGGAGAAGAUACAAGCGUGCUGCUUCAUUUGAUUCUAGGAAAAUCGUCAUCCUCUUCUCCAUUUUAUCAAGUCUGGGAACAUUGAUAUUGAUCUAUUUGACACUGAGAGUGAGGCUAAUAAACGGUGACAACAGUUUCAGUCAUAUGUAGUAGUCACAUUGUAACAUCUUUUUUGUGCUUUGUUUUGAAUCUCUUUUCCCUAAACUAUUUUUUUCCAUAAUGAUGUUAAAAGGGCACACACACACUCUGUGACGUGUGCUUAAUUUUCUGAUUAAAAUAGUCAAGUAUAAAGAGAUUCAAAAGAACCAAGUAUGGAUCUUGAUGACAAUAUUUUUAUUAGUGUUACCGUUGCGUGUGUUUGCGAUGCUU